AUGGUGUCGGAGGGUUACCCUGGCGAAGACAGCGGCUCGUCGUCGACGACACACCGUCGAAAUGUCGCUCCGUUUCAAAAAGUCCCCAGUAAAACAGAAGUUGCUAAGCUGGUACUCAAUAAACCAGACCAACACGCUUCCUCCUCCGCGUUACCGUCAGCAGCAGGAAAAUCUGAUCCGGAAGGAGCAGCAUCACCUAGAGAAACAUCAGGUCGUCCUCGCGUCUCGCUAUUAACUACGUGUAUUGUUCUGUUCGGGCCGUCGCUGAUUCUCCUGGCCAUUCUCAACAUCUCCGCCAGCUACGACCGUGAGAAGCUCCUCCGCCAGUCCAGCGCGGAGCUUGCGCGGAAGCAGCUGAUGCGCCAGCAGCGCGGACAUCCGGGAACCAGCGGCGCGAAACACGGCGGGAAUGGCGCCGGUUCUUACGAAAAUUCCAGGCGCUCGGACCAGGGGAAAGGGGAAGGAUGGACGCGAGGGGGAGCGGGGGGAAGGUUGAUCGGGGGAGGACGUGGGGGAGGAGCUGUUAGGCGGAAACCAUUUCUUUCUCCCCCGCCUCAGGCAAAGCUGAAUAAGAGGCUUUGGCAGCAGGUGCAGAAGCAAGGGGUGUUUUUACCGGAUGCUGACCUGGAAGGGGGUAACAUGCGCCACAUCGGAUCAAUAUCCAAUCCCUGCCUCACAAAACGGCCGUUUCUGCAGCGGGCCUAUCAGGAGCCGCCACCUGUCUCGGGCGCUCCCAUUGGCCAGCACCGGUUCGUCAUGGCGGGUGGUUACCGCAUCGGUGCUAACCAGUUUGCGGCUGUGGGUCACUCGCUGCGUGAUCUAAAGGAAGAGGGAGGAAGCGGGGCCAGCAAGUGCUACUGGAUAGCACUGGAUGGGGGGUACGCAGAGGGCAGAGUGAGGGUAAUUUACCCUGCGGAGCACCACUGGCUGCUGUACGAGACUGCCAUUUACGAGUGUACUCUGCUGGUCAACAGCACGGGCACCACUGGAGGAUCUGCGAUUCUCAUGCUAGACGAGCAGGCAGUGGUGAUGCACGAGGAGGGGCAGGACGAGUUUGCCAUCGAUGCACCUCCCCCCUACCACCUGGCAUUCUGCUCCUACCCCAUGUACCGCCACCUCAACCCCAAGACCAUCCAGGAGUGGCUGCAGAUAGCCCUGCAUUACCUGGGCGUGGAGUAUUUUGUUCUCAACGACGGUGCUUCUAUCGUCGAAGACGUAUAUGAGGUCCUGGAACCGUACAUGGCAGCGGGGAUGAUGGAGAUAUUGGACAUGCGGGGAGGGUACAAAUAUGAGUCCAAGCAGAACGUGCUUGUAUUGAAUAACUGUCUUUAUCGAAUGAAAUUUGUCUCCAAGUGGGUGUUUUUUGCCGAUUUCGACGAGUUUCUCUACAUUCAGCCGCCCCAGACCCUUAAAGGGUUGCUGCACGAGCACUCUAACGCACCUUACAUCACCUUCGGCAGCCUCUGGUGGUCCAUUGAACGCUGCCGCCCUCAGCCCCCAUCGGAUCACUUUUAUCUCGAGCGAAUGCCCUUCCACUGGCCACACAUCUACUGCAUAGGGCCCAAGAAUGCGGAGCUUGCCGACGAGGUUCCGUCGAGGCAGGUUCAGAUGUCAGCUCUCGCAGGGAGCAGCUCUGCGCGGCCAUUCGACAUCCUCGUUAUAGGCGGCGGCGCUACUGGCGCUGGCGUGGCCUUGGACGCUGCUGCACGCGGCCUCCACGUGGCGAUGGUGGAGCGAGACGACUUCAGUUGUGGCACAUCCUCUAGAAGCACUAAGCUCGUUCAUGGAGGCGUUCGUUACCUCGAAAAGGCUUUCCUUCGCAGAGAUCUCGCCCAGCUUCGCCUCGUGAACGAAGCCCUGGCGGAGCGAGGCAUUCUGAUUCGCAACGCUCCGCACCUGGUCUGGCCGUUACCCACGCUCACGCCGUGCUAUCAUUGGUGGGAGGUGCCCUACUACUGGGUCGGGCUUAAAGCGUAUGAUAUUAUAGCGGGGAAGAAAGUGCUUUACAUGUCCCGCGUGGUCACGGCAGCGGAGGCUACUGGGAUGGUUCCGACGCUUGCACACAAGGCCCGAGACGGCCGUACGCUGAAAGCUGGAGUGCUGUAUUACGAUGGGCAGAUGGACGACGCUCGGCUGAACCUCGCGCUCGCCACCACGGCAGCGCGCGCAGGCGCUGUUGUGCUCAACCACGCGAGCGUGUCCGCGUUAAAGACAGACCCGACUGGGCGAGUUGAGGGCGCUGUGGUGAAGGACGAGCUGACGGGGAAGCAGGUGGAUGUGCGCGCCAAAGUGGUGGUGAACGCCACAGGCGCUUACUGUGACAGCGUUCGCCGUAUGGCGGAUCCCAACACUCCUCUCGCCGUCCUGGCUUCCUCCGGCUCCCACGUCGUUCUCCCCGACUUCUACCUGGGAGCCGCCUCUGGCAGCACGUCAGGUGCGGGGGCAGGCACCGCCAGCGGCAGCGGCGGCGGCGGCGGAAACGUGGGUCUGCUUAUACCGAAGACGGCGGACGGGAGGGUGAUGUUCAUGCUGCCGUGGCUGGGGCGGGUGGUGGCUGGAACGACAGAUGCGCCUUCCGAGGUGGUGGAUGUGCCUGUUCCCACGGAGAAGGAGGUUCAGUUCAUCGUGGAUACGCUCAGCAACUACCUGGAUGUGGAUGUGAGUGAUUGGGAUUUGAUUCCGUUGUGGUGGCUGGGGAGGGUGGUGGCUGGAACGACAGAUGCGCCUUCGGAGGUGGUGGAUGUGCCUGUUCCCACGGAGACGGAGGUUCAGUUCAUCGUGGAUACUCUCAGCAACUACCUGGAUGUGGAUGUGCGCAAGGAAGAUGUCUUGUCUGUCUGGGGCGGGCUCCGCCCUCUCCUGCGGAAAGGGCUCAAAACGAAAACACCCGCGCAAGAAGAGGGUAAACCCGAGGGAGGCACGGCAGGAGCAGGGAAGCCGGAAGAGGUUGAGACAGAGGAGGGGAAGCAGACGGAAGGGAGCAAGGCAGAUACAUCGAAUGUGGUCCGAGAGCACACUGUGAUGGUGGAGGGAGGUACUCUGGUUACAGUCACAGGCGGCAAGUGGACCACUUACAGGAGCAUGGCAGAGGACACGGUCAACACAGCCAUCCGAGUCGGCAACCUCACAGCACCAACCACCACCAACCCCACCAAUCCAUCAACCAGCACCAGCAGCACCACCAGCAGCAGCAGCGGCAGCAGCAGCGCUCUCGCCCUGCCCCCCAGCGUCACGGAGCAUCUGCCCCUCACAGGAGCGGCUGGCUUCACCACGGCCCUCUUCUCCCAGCUGGCGCAGAAUGCCGAUGUACUGCGGGUGGCUCCUGACCGUCGGAUCCUGCCGUACCGGCUGGAUUCUGCGGUGGUGUACCACCUGGUGCGGUCGUAUGGGACAAAUGCGAGCAAAGUGAAGGAGAUUGCAACUACUGAGCUUUUGGCUGAGCGCCUUGCUCCUGGUUUCCCCGACAUCGAGGCUGAAGUAAUCUUCGCUGCCCGUAACGAGUUUUGCGAGACUGCAGCAGACUUCCUGUGCCGCCGAUCUCCAAACGGUAACGUUAACGUUGACGAAGCUCCUGUGGACGCGUUCGGAAACCUGGAAGAUCUGAUCGUCGAGGAGAGCUCAUCGUCUGCUGAUGCGGCUGCGGCUGCCGCGGGCGGUGCUGAUUGGAUCCUGAGCUUGGAUCUGACGGACGAGACAAGCCUGAUUGCCGAGGCCAAUCUGGUUGACGAGUUGACUGCCGUUGAGCUGACUGCAGGGGAUCUGACUGCGACCGAGCUUGCGGCGAACGACGUGGGCCAGAUUGCAGUGAAACCGGACUUUGGGAAGGAGACUCGCGUGAUUCUUGAGAGCAAACUCAGCGAUGCAUGCCUUGGCGAUGCGCUCGGCGAUGCGCUCGGCGAUGCUGGCGACUUCCUUCUCGAUGCGUUCCAUGCUACUGGUGGCGACGUCGAUUUCUCGUCGCUGGACGUCGCAGGCGACGAGUUCCCGGAGUUUCUUGUCGAACCCGCCUUGGGAAACCACGUCGCGUCGCAGCCUGAGGUGACACCUCAGCAAUGCCACGUGGCGAACCCCCCUCCGCCGCCGGCGCUGCAGCCAAUGCGCAUCUCUCUGCUGCAGUUGCCCCCUGGUCUCGUUCUGCGCCGGUGUGGCGGCAGCGGAACGCAAAUCCCCUCCGCUCCUGCUGCUCUUGUCGCUCCGUCUGCUGCUCCUGUCGCUCCGUCUGCUGCUCCUGGUGCUGCUGUUGCUAUGUCCCAAGAGCGACUGACCCCUGUCGAAGCCCCUCUCGGAAAGCGGAAGCGGGAUCUCGCGUUUUCACCAACAUCAAGCUACGAAUUCCAACAGCAGCAGCAGCAGCCCCAGCAGCAGCCGCAGCAGCAACAGGAGCUGGACCAGGAGCAGCAGCAGCAGCAGCCAUCCAAAGUUAGGCGCGUGGAUCCUCCUUCCCCUGCUUCCGCGGUUUUAGCAGCAAAUGAAGAGCUGGACGUCGACUCGGGAUCAGAAGAGGGGGGUCUUUGGGAGGCUCUGGAGAAGCAGUUGAAACCCGCCACGUCAGAUGAAACGCCGUGUCAGUGCCUGGCGUGUCAGUGCAAGUCAGAGGAGGACCGGAUGUUCCUGCUGACCGGGAAGCGGACGGCGAAAGCUGGUGCUGGUGCUGCUGGGAGUAGAAAACGGUCCGGAUCGAAGAGGAAAGGCCGUUCUUUGGCUGAAGGGAAUGGUGGAGAUGCUAUGGCCGAUGUUAACGAAAUUCUGGGGGAGCUUGCACAGAUUCCGCUGCUGCUGGAUGUAACAGAUCUUCCAGAACUUCCGGAAGGAGAUUUGGGUGAAUGUAAUACGUUCUGGGAAGGAGCUGAUGUGGCAGUGGUUGGAGGUGAUGGUGGUGAUGGUGGUGAUUGUAGGUUGGAGGAAGUGGAAGGAAAGCACUGCUCUGGAUUUGGAAAGCGGUUGAGUCAAAUGGAUGUGACUGAAGUGGUGGAGCAGUGCAGGGUGUGGCUGCAUGAGGCACUACAGAGCCCUGGGUGUGACUCUAUUGAUGUAGACUUCUGCUUGAAGGUGGUGGGAGAAGUGAAGGGAGAGGUGGAGGGAGCCAAGCCGAUGGAGCUUGUGUUAGGGGAUGGAGUUCCUCUUGAGUGCUCCAUUGAGUAG